UUUUCUUUUUUUUUUUUUCUUUUUCUGUUCUAAUUUACUCGUCUUGAAUUGAAUUUACACACACAAAGUUUGUUUUUCUUCUUUUUUACUAUUUGUAGAUUCACGCAAUGACGAAACAAGUUGUCCUCAUCACAGGUUGUACUCAAGGUGGAAUAGGCUAUUCAUUCGCGAAAAAGUUUGCUGAAGAGGGUUGUCAAGUCGUUGCUACUGCACGCCGUAUUGAAGCUUUAUCAGGACUAGAAGAAUUUGGUUGUGAAAAGGAGGCAUUAGAUAUCACAGAUCGCCAAGCAGUUAAUGCUGUUGUUGAAAAAGUAAUUGAAAGAUUUGGACACAUUGAUGUGCUGGUUAAUAACGCUGGUGUCCCUGCCGUGGGAGCUUUAAUGGAUGUUGAUCUGGAUUGGGCUGAGCAAUGUAUCAAUACGAACGUGUUUGGUACGCUUGUUUUGUCAAGAGUUGUUGCAAAGCAUAUGGCGAAUCGAGGAAAGGGAAAGAUUGUAAAUGUAGGCUCUGUCGUGGGUUACGCAUCAACACCCUGGGCAGGCAUUUAUGCUAUGUCUAAAGCUGCUGUUCACUCAAUGUCAGAUACUUUACGUAUGGAAUUGAAACCAUUUGGCAUACAAGUUGUUGUUGUUGUACCUGGCUCUAUCAAAUCCAACAUUGGAACAGCCGGUGUUAAGACAGUACAGGUUCCCGAAGAUUCCCUAUAUACAACUGUUUCGAAUUAUAUUGUUGCUAGAGCCAAUCUAUCACAAGGUCUCAAGGCUACUCCUACCGACGCUUUUGCCAGUCAUGUCGCCAAAAGAGUGUUGAAGCCUGUCUCGCCGCGGUAUAUUACUUAUGGCUACUUGUGUUCCAUUUUCUAUGCAUUUUACUACCUGCCGUUUUUCAUCAAGGAUUUCUUCUUUAGUCGAAGAUUCGGUUUGCAUCUUUUGUAUAAAAAUGAAAAGAAAGAUUAAAAGCUACUUUUGUUUGAUAGCAAAAUAAAAUACACUGUGGUGGGACGUCAGUGGCGAGUAGCUAACAUGAGACAAACAUGAUUGAUACCCACCUACAUUCGAAAGCCAAAGUAAAAGUCAAAGUUAGGCUAUUCAGCAAACCACUAGAUCGCAAGAGGAGACUACACAAUCAGUAUUCACAUUCCUGUGGAAGGCAAAAUUGUGUAAGAGUGCCACGAAGUGACGGAUGAGUACAAAGUGUCACGGCUACCUGGCAGUGGAAGCAAACAAUACAUAUCAUAAACUAUGCUUAUUGAUAAUGGAAUGAUAGUCUUUGCACCCUUCCCGUGCUUCAUUUUUUCCUUCCUUGUAAACUAGAAAAAGGACUAGCCUUUCAAAGACCUUUUUUGUAUAAGACCGCGUAGCGAGAUCAGAGAAGCAUUCCUUUAGUAGC